AUGGUUCAUACCUUGCACCCUCUUCCUUAUAGCUUUACAGCACUAGAACCAAGCAUGGACGCACUUACAGUUGAAAUCCACUAUCUCGGCCACCAUCAAACUUAUGUAACCAAGCUAAAUCUAGCCUUAGCAGAGUUUCCAGACCGAGCAAACCUUGACCUCGCCGCAUUACAGCAUACAGUAGCUGGCUCAUCUCCUGCAGUUAUCAAUAACGCAGGUGGUCACUAUAACCACACACUCUUUUGGCAAAAUUUAGCUCCUAUAGGAACAACCAAUCCAGCACCAUAUGGAGAACUUGCAGCCAAAAUAGAUGAGAAAUUUGGAUCUUUUGAUGCGUUUAAACUUCAAUUUACCAAUGCUGCCAUCAAUAGGUUUGCAUCUGGAUGGGCGUGGCUGACUGUUAAACAAGAUGGGACACUAGAAAUUCAUAAUACUCCUGGACAUGAAAAUCCACUUAUGGAUGGCAUUGGAACUGUUCAUGGAGUCCCUAUUAUGACUUGUGAUGUGUGGGAGCACGCUUAUUAUUUGAAGUACCAGCAUAGAAGGCCUGAGUUCAUUGAAAACUGGUGGAAACUGGUAAACUGGGAUAAUAUUGUUAGCAAUUAUGAAAAAUAUGGAAAGAGAAGUCAAGCUGUUCCUUUCUAA